ACAACGAACUGUCAACCAACUCUGAACUCUGAAUUGCGUUAUUUUUGUGAUUCCUUAAAACAUUGGGAAACAACGCUAUGCUAAUUUUACAACAACCCAUCUAAUAUGUAGUUAUACACAGGGAAAGCAUGGAGUUUGAGAAAGAGACAGGACUGUCAAUGUGGGACAUGCUCCCAGAUGACAUCAUUCUACAUGUCUUCUCAUUUCUAUCACCAUUCUCGGUGGUCAGGAUGUCAGAAACUUGCAGGAGAAUGAAUGAAAUUGCGUUUGAUGAACAGCUAUGGAGACAACAUUUCUAUCAAUAUUAUCGUAUUCCUCGGAGCAUUGGGAUUGCUCCAGGCAAAACCUCCUGGCUGCAAGAGUUUAAAAGACUGUAUUACCACACCCCAGCAGUGAAAGGAACCAUCAUCAAACAGCACACCGACCAGGUUCUUCAUGUCAGCUUCUCCCACAAUGGCAAGAUGUUUGCAACCUGUUCUAAGGAUGGCUUUAUUAAGGUAUGGAAUCCCAAAUACCCAGUAAAACUUAAAUAUAAAUAUGACAUGCGAACUUUGACCUGGAAGUAUACUCAGUUCUCGCAGUUCAACAGGACGGACACAUUGUUGCUUGUGUCGGGCGUUCACUUUGGGAGUCAUAGCACAUCUGGGGAAAUAGCAGUGUUCAGUCUGAAGGGUGAUUUUGACCUUCAGGCCCGAGUAAUAAACAAGCCGUACGAUGUGUUCGGUACUUGGUACAAUGACAACUACCUCCUAUCUGGGAAUCUGCAUUUAACUGGUCCUCUCCAGUCAUACUCAUCUAUCAUUCUUAAUAAGGGGUUUCAAGACAUUGCAUCAGAGCAUGAGUCAGUAGUUAUGGGACUUUAUCGAUUUGAAAAUCAAAAUGCAAGUUCUAUCAGGACACUUCUUGUGGCAAAAUGUUUAACAGACUCUGAGAGUGAGCUAGAUCCUAACUGUGAUACUCCUGAAAACUCAAUUCCUGAAAAAUGUGAUACCCCUGCGAACAAUCCAGCUAUAUGUUGUCCUGUAUUAGCUAAAGCUAAGACUUCAGAAAAAUCUGCAGAAAAUGCCAGUAAAAAAGUACAGCAAGUGACUGUGUAUGAGAACGGAGCUUUAAGAGAAAAACUAAUUGAAGUAGAUGCAGAAGUGAAAAAUGUUCACGAAAUCAAUAGCACCAUCACAUAUAGUCAAGCUUACCGUGAUGCUGAGGAAGACAUCGCCUCUACAAGUGUGGAGAUGGAAACCAAGUCUGACACAGAAAGCAGCAAUGGAGCAAGCGGUUCUUCUGCAGACCUGAAAAUGAAAACAAUGAAAAGCACUGUUUCCAUGAAAAGUAUGGAAGGGGUGUGUACUGAAUGUAUGCUAACAGACUGUGAAGAUCACUGCAAUCGGGGGAUGUACACAAGUGGAUCCGUGUUUGGUUACCCCCUCCAGUCCAAUAUUCUGUUCAACAGGGAUGGCUCUCAUGUGAUUGAGGGCAAGAACCCUUUCCCUGAAGAAGAUAACCGACAGUCUAAUAGAAAACAACAGAUGGAUUGUUCAGAAAAACCUGUUGGCUCAGAGGACAUAUCUGAUGCCCCAUCUACAUCAAAAAAUUCUAGUCAACUGCCAUGCCAGUUUCCUGAUAAGUAUUUAAUUUUCACUCGAGGGUCAGAGACCUUCACGCCACAUCAGAUAGGAAUCAAGAGAAUGAAGUCAUUGGAGAAAGUGAUUGGAGACAAGGUUCAAGUGAUGCCUAAUGUGGAAGAAAACUUGCAUGGGAUGGAUCACCAAGGCUACGACACUGUUGAUCAUGUGAUCGAUCUCCACGGACAUAUCAUUGGUCUGAGUCUAUCGCCAGAUGACAGGUACUUGUAUGUGAACUGCAGACAAUGGCCAAAGAACUACUCCAUAGAAAAUCCCUUCUACCCUCCUCCUAUUGCCCAGGAAAUAGACAUCCAUGUGAUUGAUCUGAUGAAAAUGAAAAGAGUGGGCACCAUGCAUCAAGCACAUAAGGCCUAUACUUCCAAUGAUGAGUGCUUCUUUAUAUUUCUGGAUGUAUCCAAUGAAUAUGUGGCAAGUGGAGCAGAGGACAAGCAUGGCUAUAUAUGGGAUCGCCAUUAUGGAAUCUGCUUAAACAAAUUCCCUCACAAUGACGUGGUAAACAGCGUAGCAUUUAACCCUAGUGACCCAGAAACACUAGUGACGGUUAGUGACGACCAGUCCAUCAUUUUAUGGCGCUCCAGAAACAGAGACAAGCAGAUACGGACUCAAGAACUAAGAGGAAUGAAUAGCAUGUGUGCCAACAGCUGAAGAUUCUUUUUCUCUGUUAAAAUGACGUUGAUUUAGGUUUUAAACCUGAAUUUAUACACUCUAAUAAAAAUUACCUUUCAUAUUUUUAAGAGCAGCUCUGUCAAACUGACUUUUGGGUUUAUGGUUUUGAACAGAAUUCCUCUGACAAUCACCUUAUUUCAAAGAUUUAGAAUUAGCUUUCUUCAAGGUCUUUUUCCAGUGAUCUCUGUUAUCGGUAGUAACUGUAGCCAGUCCCUUGUGGUGCUGUUCUUUUUUUAAUAUACGUCAUGCAAUUACAAGAAAAAAAAUAAAAUUCUACAAAUAGUGUGAUGAUGCAAACAUGUUUUCAUGCAAAUGGCUGGGUUUUUUUUUUAUAAUUACUGGGAUACCGGUAUUAUUUUUUGGUUAUCUUAGUACUGUUACAUACUAUUUUCAAUUGAAGCUUCCUCUAUUAUUUGCUGGUCAUCUUAUACAUUAAGUGUGCUGAUUUAAUAAACUGGUAAAAAGUGCUUAAUAUAUGAGUUUUAUUAGUUGAUACAAUGUAUUUGACCCUAAUUAAUAUACUGAAACAUGUCAUUGACAUACUGUAAUCCAGCUUUUAUUCACAAUGACUUUAUUUAGUGAUUUACCAGGGAUAUAUUUGCUGGUUCAAGGAGACUAAUUUUUGCAAUCAAGAAUAGAUUAUUUAAAAAUAUACAUGUUUAUAUACCAGAGACAUUUCAUAGCUGGUUUGCGGCUAGAAUUAUUCCAUCAUGAAUUCUCCAGUGAACCUCGGAUAAAUUUCUCACAUUCGAAUAAAAGUUGGUUUGCAGUGAUUCUCAUUUGGUCAGUUAGUAAUACAUUGUAUCUGUUGUUUGCAUAUAAAUCUCUUUUUUACUCCUACAGUUUAUAUAAUAUAUAUAUAAUUAUAAACCAAUAUUUCAACUUAAUUGACAAGAAUUUCCUUCACUUCUAUCUGUAAACCUAUUCAUGCAGGGAACAAUCCUCUAUUUGUUUAUUGUUCUUAACACAAAAAGCUGUUAAAUGAAACACUGAAUCAUCAGCGGACUGAUCUUACCUUGAAGUGGUCUGUUGCCCCAAGCCGGCUAAUAUCAGUACAAUGUCACACAAACCUAGUGUAUUACUGUAUAAUGUUGAAGGAAAAUUGUCUUUUUUUUUCAAACACAUAUCAUGUAUCCCCUUUAACUGAUAGCAUUGCAAUUAAGGACCAUAAGUAAAAACUGUAGAAAUGGAUGACAUGCAAUUACCAGUACUACAUCGAAAAACAAUAGAAUUGAAAAAAUAUCUAAACCUAUAUCAAACCUACAAGUUCAGCAACAUUCUGUGCAAUAAAUCAUGAUAUAACCAGUAAUAAUAAGGAUUGGAUAUAAGGAGGGUAGUUUGAAAACCAUAAUUUUAAUGUUCUGUAGAUUUAAGUUUGCAUUGUGGUGUUCUCCUGGUAAUUUCCACUCUGCAUCAGAGUUAAAUGAAUGGGUUGGAUUGAGUCCAAGUUUCCCUCUGUUAAUCUGCUGUACCAGUACUAAUAUUUAAGUCUGGAGCUGCAUUGUAAUCUAGAAUUAGAUAUACCUCACCAAAAACUUGAUACUUUUAACAAAAAAAGACAAAUUUAUGUGGUUAAUGUCCAAUGAAGACAAAACAAUACAUGUACAUGUACUUACAAAGUUAAGUGAAUUACUAAUCAAUGCUUUCAAAAAAAAGACAGAAUACUUUGAGAUCUAAAUGACUGGUGAAAUACUUAUACAAAUCAUGAUACUUAUCUUUAUAUCCGUAUAAACUACUUUUAUGACUAUAUAUUAUAUGCACAUUGUUAAUAUGUUUUGACAUACUGAUAUACUUUUGCCCGGCUGUGACAAGUUCAUGUAUAUGUAUGUAGAAUCUUUCUUUUAGGGGCAUUAUGUAGAAUCUUUCUUUUAAUAGGCAUUUCUAUCUAAUAUCUGUAAUCUUGUAUGCCCUCUAGGCCAAAAAUUGGAAAUAAACUAUUAUUAUUAUUAUUAUUAUA